AUGGGCCGUGAAGGUUUUGCAUCUAAGACUCGAAUCUCCAGCUCGCAAGCCGUGAUCAUCGACAAUGGCUCUGGAAUGUGCAAAUCCGGGAUUUCUGGAGAAAUUAGCCCACGGCACGUCAUGGCCACCGUCCUCGGUUGCCCCAGAAGCAAGUUGCCUGUUUCCAAGGCUAAGCAGAAAGAAUGCUACGUGGGAUUUGAAGCCCAGCAUAGACAAGAUGUCCUCUCGUUGACGUACCCCAUGGAAGCGGGCGUUAUCACUUCCUGGGAUGAGAUGGAGACCAUCUGGAAGUAUAUCUAUGACAAAGGGUUGGGGGUGAAGGCGUUUGAGAGACCUCUGCUGAUGACAGAAUCUCCCCUGAAUCCAAAAGAGGACCGAGCCAAGCUCACCCAGUUGAUGUUUGAAUAUUUUAAGGUCCCGGCUUUCUACCUCUCCAUCCAGGCCAUCCUCUCCCUCUACGCUUCCGCCCGUUACAUGGGGAUGGUCAUCGAUUGUGGGUUUGGAGUCAGCCAUGCCGUCCCGGUGUACGAGGGAUACUGUCUGCCCCACGCGGUCACCCAGCUGGGCCUCGGGGGCCGUGACAUCACGCACUUCCUGAGGGAACUUCUUCUGGAAAACAGGCAAUAUUUCUGGAACUUCCCGGAAGCCAACACCGUGGUGGAAGACAUCAAGGUCAAGUUGUGUUUUGUGACUCUCGACGCCCGCCACCGAGAAAGCAAGUCCUCCGAAGAGCUCCCCAAGGAAUACAAGCUACCUGACGGCAACAGGGUCAAAAUUGGGGACCCCCUUUACCUGGCUCCGGAGAUCCUUUUCACCCCGAGCAACAUCAACCACAAGGGUCAAGGCCUCCACAAGCUUGUGGCCCACAGCGUCAGGAAAUGUGACCCCACGCUCCGUAACGUGCUCUAUUCCAACGUACUGAUUUCAGGAGGGUCCUCCCUCUUUCCAGGAUUAGACGAACGGAUGUUCAAAGGCUUGGAAGGGGAAGCCCCCCAGGGGGUCCCCAUUAAGGUCAUUGCUCCGCCAGACCGAUGGUUCUCGGCCUGGAUCGGGGCCUCCAUCAUCACGUCCUUGAGCACCUUCAAGCAGAUGUGGGUGACUGCUGCCGACUACCGGGAAUACGGGCCGAAUAUUGUCCACCGACGGUGCUAUUGA